AUGACUGAUGCUGCGGCUCAGUACAAAAAGCAGCAUGGCAGCGUUUCACUUUCCGCUGAUGGCAAGACCGUGGCCUGGAAGUCCGCCAGUGGUACCACCCCUCCGCUGUCGAUAGCCAUCGCGGAUAUUGCAAACCUCCAGCAGACGCCCGCCACCUCCGCCAAAGCCUCCAUCAAGAUUGUCGUCCUGGAGCCUUCGCCUCAAGCCGGGAACCACACGCUUACCUUUACCUCUGCCGCCGCACGCGAUGACCAACAAACAAUAACAGGCCUGCUACGCAAGUGGAUUGAGGCUUUCAAAUCUCAGAAUGUCUCAACCUCCACGCCUGUUGCCGCGACUGGAGGCAGCAGCGCAUCGGCCGCCACAGCCAUGGCUCAGGCUGUCACGCCGGCUGCGAAAGACAAAGACGAAGCAUACAAUGAUGAAAAGUUGCUGGCCGAUCUGGGCCUCCAGAUGUCUCUCUUGAACUCGAGCCCGGCACUGCGUCAACGCUUCGAUCGUGCACUCCAAGAGAAGCCCGAAUCCGUGUCGAUUGCGCAGUUUUCAAAUCAGUUCUGGUCCACUCGGGUGCACAUGCUGAGGUCACACGCCACAGAAAAGUCCCAGGCUACAGGAACGUACAACGUACUCUCGGUCAUCAAAUCAAAGACUGUUAAUGGCGCCCUAACCCUGAGUCUCACCAAGGAGCAAAUCGAGCUGCUCUUCAGGCAACACCCGGUCGUUCAGAAAGCGUACAAUGAGAAUGUACCCCAAUUGAGCGAGGGCGACUUCUGGGAAAGAUUCUUUCACAGUCGAUUGAUGAAGAAACUCAAGGGUGAGCGCAUACUGGAGAAGGAUGUGCUUGACCCCAAGCUUGACAAAUACUUGACCUAUGACGAGACAGCGGAUAUGCCUCCAGAGUUGCUUGUAUCCUCGGUCCCGCAUUUCCUUGAUGUAGAAGGAAACGAAAACAACCACAGCCAAAGGCAGGGCAAUCGACCGGACUUCACCAUGAACCCAGCGAACUAUGACAAGGCACCAAUUCUACGAGUCCUAAAUCGAAUGAGCGAAAAGAUGAUGAAGGAUGUGCCACCUUCUGAUGGAAGCCGUCAUGCUCCUGCUGGGCUCGAUGAAGAGACGUACAAGGAACUACAGCUAAAGGAUUUGCAACGUGCCGACGAGGACAACAGGGUGGUUCUAAAAGUUCAGGACCAAGGCCGAUUCUUCUCCGCAGGACAGAGUGUGCAUACUUCGACCAGUGCCGCUACAUACACAAAACGUACUCCCGCACAGGCCUUAUCCACCCUGAAGCAGGAUCUUAGUAGAUUUGGCAUGAAAAAUGACAAGGCUGUCGGGGUUGACCUCCUUUCUACAAUCAAUAUCAACGAUGACAGCAGUAGUGACGAGGAAAAUGUCGCGCCAGAUAAAAACAGGGUUGGUGGCAGAUCUUCACGCAGCGCAGCCGCGUCGCAGAUCGUAUCAGCUAUCCAAAGGCGGCACUUACAUGAUGACGAUUACUCAUCGUCUAGAACCAUUGCCAUCAGCGAGCUAGCAAGGAAGUUGGAUGUUUCAGAAUCAAUUCUCGACAACUUGAUCAUGACGCACAACACAACUGUCGAAUUUCUGCAUUACUUCUGGGCGGUGUUCUAUUCAGGAGAUCCCGACCGCGCAAACGAAGUUGCGAAACUCAUUGAAACAUUGGACAAGUCUAUUGAUCGAAUCAAGGCUGUUUCUGAUACAGCGGAAGAAGAACGGGGACUCAAUGUAGUGAGAUUGAGAAUGAGUAAUGAUCAGGCUAAUAAUCAGCGAAACGCAGCAAAAAGGAGAAAAUUUGAUCCAGAUACCGUCAAGGGCGGGGCAAAAGCCGUCAACCAGGUCGUGGAGCCUCUGCUGAGAGCCAUCGACGCUGCACGGAGGCAGUAUCAGGUAGCACUUCAAGAGCAACUUCAGGGUCAGAGCGGGUCA